CACUUUCUCCGAAGUGCGGAUCUCCCAAGCCAGACCUUGUUUGCGCUCCUCCAAGCGCACUGUAGUCUAGCUCGAUAUCCCAAGUUAUUGCUCUUCUCCUGCGAGUAUUUCUUUCAAUAGCUGCUAUUUGUAUAACACGCUCUGCGUAGCUCGAGCCUCGUUAUCUUAUCAAGAUGGAGCGCCGGACGUACACUGAGGACGAACAUGAUGUGGAUUUCAAUGACACGAGCGAGUUUGCCGCCAAAAGAUGGAAAGAUGCUACCAUUGCGAUUAAAUCAACAGUGUCAGGAGCCGACUACGAAAAGGCUUCUUUACCAAGAGACUGGCAAACCCUUCACACCUAUAUCCGAGACCAGAGCUUGGAUCUAAAAGCUGCCCCAAUCACCAGACGGCUCUUGAAUCACCUUCUUCCGUUUCCCAGAACUAUGAAUACUCUCCUUGGAAUAUUUACUCGAUCGAUUAUUCCAUAUGAAGCCGAUUUCAGACUACUCUGGGGAUUGCUUGAGCUCAAUAUCAAGUUGUCGUUGGUAUCAACUCCAAAGCUUAACAGAACUGUAUCGUGGAUGAAGAGAUUGCGCAGUGUUUUGGAGCUAUUCAACCGAUGUUUAGAUGUUUGCGAGGACAUGAACGAAGCUCGAUUGUCUAUGGCGGAUGUUCUAGAAUAUCUGCUUCAGCUAUUUGCCGAGUCUAGCAGACAUCUUCGGCAAUGCCCAACUGAUGCGGAAGCGGCAAGGGCUGCAAAAGAUCUUGAUAUAAGAGUCAACGAAAACCUAUCGGACAUGGAUGCCACGGUUAAGCAUCUUAAUGAUGUUACCUCAUACUCGAAAGCAAAUACUCAACGACAGGUCCAGAAUCUGGCGAACCGCCAUGCUCCUCAUGUCAUCCCAGAAGAAUAUGCCACAUUCCCCAUCAGAAUGAUACCAAGAGAAAGAAAUGAAGACUUCUAUGGCCGCAAGGAAGAAUUGGACCGCGUAAAUAACUAUCUGGACUACUCUUCAAACAAUCCCCCUCUGCGAACCUAUUCGAUCUAUGGACGACGUGGAGUCGGAAAGACCAACAUUGCACUGGAGUAUGCAUACAAAAACCCUGCGAACUUUGAUGCUAUCUUUUGGGUCCAAUGUGAAACCUCACUGUCGCUUCGCCAAAGUUUCACUGAUAUGGCUGUUAACUUGAACCUGCCGGGUGCGGAUAGAAAUGGACAUGACGAGGAGAAUCAAUUGGCCGUGUUAAAGUGGUUGAAGAUCACUAAGAAAAAGUGGCUUCUUAUUUUCGAUAAUGCUGAACGAGAGUCCAUUCUCAGGGGCUACUGGCCGCUUGGUGCGAAUGGUGCCAUUCUCAUUACCUCCCGAAAGUAUUACAACUUCAUGAAUGAUGCAUCACGCAAGGGCGACACAGUCAAACCUUUCAAUGAUAGACAAGGUUGGGAUCUGCUUAUGAAGUUGCUAGGUCCUGAGUGGCAAGAUCUAGACAGAAGAGGGUUGAUCCAAGGCACCGAAGAGUCAGCCGCGAAGGAACUCUUGAUGAAUUUAGGAGGGCUCGCACUCGCAAUUCAACAAGCAGCUCAGCUCAUCAAAAAGCCAAACAUUGCUGGCACAACAAUUGCGGGUUGUUUAGAGACAUUCAAGGAAAUCAAGCGAUCCCUUCCACCUAGACAGACUGCAGAUCGCUCCGACAUUAUCCAUUCGCUGGAUUCGUUGUGGGACAUGACAUUCAAGCAUUUGAGCCGCAAUGCUCGAGAUAUGCUGAGUGUGCUCUCACUGUUUUCACCUGACCGUAUACUUAUCGAUCUCUUCCUGCCAAAGAAUCAACGAGCUCUCGAUGGAAAGCUGAACUUCUGCAAGCAGCACCCCAAUCUUGUAGAUGAGAAAGCCCACGCACUAUCCAGUGUCAUUACUAUCCCACCACUUCUUCGUGCCGCAAUCGACGAGUUGGUAGAUUUCAAGUUGAUCACCGAAGAAGGCAGAGAAUUACGCGCGCAUCGUGUGGUACAAGAGGCCAUGAAUUAUCUCUCCUACCGAGAUUUACAGGAGUACUUUGACAGCGCAAGUUCUCUUGUUUAUGAAGCAUUUCCAAAGCAAGUAGCAGGUGAUUAUUUGUCCACCCAAUGGAGCGCAUGUCAGACAUAUAUCUCUCAUGGAGCACAUAUGAGUUUACAAUUCUCUACCUAUCGACGUGCUUCCUCGAAGUUGAAAGGAUCAAAAUGGUUUAUCAAACUUUUGGCAAAUUGUGCAUGGUAUUUAUAUGAGACUGGCAAUUACGAUAUCUGUUUACGUAUGGUCGAGACAGGCCAGCUGGCUUGUGGUAAUAACACGGAAACCAUGCAGUAUGCAGUAUUUUGUAACAUUGCGGGAUUGACGUACUAUGAGUUGAACAAGCUUGGAGAUUGCAGGAGAAAUCUUGAAGUAUUCUACCACUUGCAAGAGAAGCAUUUGGGAAGAGACGAUUUGGACCGAUCUAUUUCGCUCCAUAACAUGGGACUUUUGGAGGCAUCGUCUGACAAUCUGAUCGACUCCAUGGAUUAUUUCACAAAAGCAAUCCAUAUUCGACUCAAUGCCGGUGAUGCAGCUUCGAAUCUUCUUGCAAAUUCAUAUCUCUGCAAGUCUCGCGUCCACUUCUACAGGAAGGAAUACGAUGAGGCUUUCAGCUUGCUUGCAAAAUCCGAGGCACUGUACUUCCGAACUGCUGGAGACAAUGCGCAUUUCAUGGCUCACGUUCAUUACGCUUAUGGCAAUAUUGAGUUAGAUCAAAAGCGUUGGGCAUCUGCGAAACGGUCGUACGAGCAAUGCCUCAAAGUCUCGCUGCUCAAUUCUGCCGUCCAUCCAUUAACAGCAUCAGCGUACUACUCACUUGGCUGUGUUGAGUUCGAGCAGGGUAAUGUAGAUAAUGCGAAAGGCCAGCUGGAGAAGGCGAUGGCCAUUGCCACACUCCGAAGUCCCCACAGGGAUGACGGGUAUAUCGCGCGAAUUUUAUGGAAAUUGUCCAAGGUAUUGGAAAGCGAUGUUGUUGGUGCAUACCACCAACAAGCAAACGACAUGCGCAUCAGAGCUGAAGUGGCCAGGCGGGUUCUCACCGGAAAUGGAGAGGGAGGCAUCGUCAUUGCACUCGACGAGAAUGGAGAUCCAGAUAAUCAGGAGGAUGAGGACUCUUACGAUGCCUUGAUUCCCGGCUACUUUAGAUGAUUUGACAUUUCUUUGGGUCAUAUUUGGAUUUUUCUUCUUUAUUAUUUUGAGGUCAUAUAUCGUCAAGCGGGUACUCUCAACUACACAGAAUGAAAUAUCACAUUUGAAAUGUAUCCCGAAUGAAAUUUGACGUCG